AUGUAUAUCUUCAAGUGUUAUUUGCUGGUCUAUUGGUCAGAUAUCUACUCAAUACCACCAACACCACCACCAAUGACCACCGCCAUCGAUAAUCUCAACGAGGAGACCCAAAGUAAUUCAUCGCGCUCUACAUUAUUAUCUGCCGCAACAGAGGCUGAUCGUAUACGGAAUUUCGGCUAUUCCGCUGAGACCCACAAGGUACAAACAAAAGAUGGUUACAUCUUGGGUAUAUUUCGCAUAACAAAUGCAACAGUUAGAGGACACCAAAAACCCCAACCCAUCGCCCUAAUGAUGCAUGGUUUGGUGAGUUCCUCGGACGCAUGGAUAUUGGGGGGGCCAGCGGAUGCGUUGCCCUUCAAUUUGGCGGACAGCGGCUAUGAUGUGUGGUUGGGAAAUUAUCGCGGUAAUCCCUAUAGCAAUCGUCAUAUAUCUCUCUCUUCAAAUGAUCGCAGAUUUUGGCAAUAUACCUUGGAUGAUGUGUCAUCGAAAGAUUUACCCGCCACCAUAGAUUAUAUCCUUCAGCUGACGCACCAGAAUUCCCUGCAUUAUUUUGGUCAUUCUCAGGGAUCGGCAAUUAUGUUUGCUCUGCUCUCCACACAGCCGAAAUAUAAUCAGAAAUUGAAAACUAGUCACAUGUUUGCCCCGAUUGCCUUUAUGUCACAUGCUCGUUCGAAGCCCAUACAUCUGGCAGCUCCUCUCUUCGGAACAUACAGUAAUUUGGAUGCUGUGUACGGUGAUAUGCCAUUCUUACAAAAUCCACUGUUAAGAAAAGUUCUGGGGAUAAACAAAUGUCGUAGUCCUUUUACUCAUCGAUGUUUGUGUGAUUUCUGGCUCAACUUGUCAUUGGGUUAUUCCACCCACAUACCACAAUCCAUCUAUUCGGAAAUUUUUAAUACCCACCCGGCCAGCUGUUCCACACAUCAAUUUAUACACUUGGUCCAGGCCUAUGUCUCGGGACAUUUUCGUCCCUAUGAUCAUGGAAUUGUGGGAAAUCUGCGACGUUAUAAUCAAACCACACCACCCGAUUACCAGGUGGCCAAUAUAAAACCUCGAUUUCCUUUGAAUUUAUAUUACAGUGACAAUGAUGUUCUCUCCGCCAGGGAGGAUGUUGAGCAUUUGAUAAGGAUAUUGGGUAAACGCUGUCUGCCUCAUUUCAUUAACGAGAAAAAUUUUGCUCACGCCGAUUUCUUGUGGAGUUCUAAUGUGAAGGCGGUACUGAAUAAUGGCAUACUGCGGCAAAUGAAUAAGGUGGAACAUUUGUUGCAGCAGGAAAAUAAAUCUUAG